AUGGGGAACGAUCAUGCAUACUUUGUACAGCUCCUAGAGAAGAAGAUAAAAGUUGCAGAAGCUAGAACUGUUCGUUACCUGCAAGAAUACAUGCGAGUCUUGUCAAGAAAGGCAUCAAAUCUGACCAGGUCUACGGGAAACUACUACGCCUCUAUGGCUCGGCUGAACGUUUCUUCUGGGAUUGCUACUACUCCAAUUCUGCAGGUCUUUGGUGAAAACGCAAGCGACAUAUUGGAAUGCCAUGGAAGCAUGUACUUUGGAGAUAUUGGAGUAAGUUGGAGACAAAUAGGUUAG